UCGCAAAGGUAAGGACAGGCAUUGCUAUCUCUAGCGUUUGUAUGUUGGUGUUUUCUUCUGAUUCCUCCAACUAAGAUUGCACUUUUAUUAUUUUCUUUCCUUUUCUUGUUAACAUCUACCUUUUCCAUCACUCUUUCUGUUUGUCAGUAUACAUUGUCAUGAAUUGCAACCUUCUACCAUUCUAGUUAUCCAAAAUGCUUCUCAAAUAGCCCCUCUCUCUCUCUCUCCCUCUCUCGAAUUGUCGUUGGUGGAGUUUGCCUUUCUCUGCUAGUUAGCUAGUGGAACAGUUUUACAGUGAAAACCCACUUGUGGUUUUCCAUUUCUUGUUGGUUUCCAGGAUCAGUACAUCUAUGAUUUGAGAACCCUUUUCCACUUUUCCAUAUCUUGUUGAUUUUCAGUGUCAGGAGGGGGAUUCAUUCAAGAGCCACUUCUUGCAUUUUGAGUUUUUUUUUUUUCCUAGUUUUUAUAUAAAUAUCAGCUUUUUUUGGUGUCUUUGGGAGUUCUUUCAGCUCUGUAUUUCUGUUUAUUGUCUACCUUCAUUUUAGACAUUGAAUUCAGGACUCUUCUCUUUUUCCCCUCCUUUCUCUAUCUUGGAUCUUUGGAUAGAUAUUUUGUAGGAGAUUCCAAUCAUCAUUGGUUGAACUCCCCAUCUUUCAUUUCGAGUUUUUCCAAGUAUCUUAUAUAAGCAUAAGCAGGUCUUGUGUUUUUUUUGUAGUUUUCAAUUCAAUACUGCUUUUGAUUGUAUAUCAACAUCUUGGAUUUUGAAUCCAGUCCAGCAAUUCCUUUUUCUUCUCUCUUUUUCUUUUUCUUCUUUCUUUCUUUCCUUUUUAUAUUUUAUAUUUUUAUUUAUUUUUAUUUUUUUGGAUCUUUGGAUAGCUUUGAUAUAGGAGAAUCAAAUGAGCAUUCCUCCUCUAUUUAGAUGCCCCAUUAGUCUAGAUUUAUUCACUGAUCCUGUUACUCUUUGCACUGGCCAAACCUAUGAUAGGCCCAGCAUUGAGAAAUGGCUGGCAGAUGGAAAUGUUACAUGUCCUGUUACAAUGCAGAGGCUACAUGACUUAUCCAUGGUCCCCAACCACACUCUCAGGCAUUUGAUCGAUCAGUGGCUUCUCAUGGACUCGCAAUUCGAUCUCGAACACAUCAAAACCAUUGAUCCUGACCUUUCCUUGGCCGCCCUGAAAAGCAAGCUUCAAUCACAACAGACCACCAUUUUGACGAGGAUCCAAACACUCAGAAAGAUUCGAACUUUGUCAGAAGAAUCCGAGUCGAGACGAGUUUGUUUGAUCCAGUUGGGUUUCUUUCCCAUCCUACUACAAUUGCUGUUCGGAAACCAUCGUGUAGAAUCCAACCUCUCUUUACAAGAUUCAGAAUUCGCAGAAGAAGCUCUCAAUUGUCUGUUGAACUUAGCACCUUGUAGGAAAUUGGGUUGUCUGAAUAUGCUCAAAGAAACCUCUUGUUUAUCCUCUUUUUGCAUUUUAUUAGAACAGGGAAGCAUGAAGAUAAAGACGAGUCUAUGUUAUCUGGUGGAGUUGAUUUCAUCUACUAAUGAAACCAAAGACCUUUGUUUAAUACUCGGACAAACUGGAGCGAUUUUGCAUGGUCUAGUCUCUCUCCUACACCAAAAUUCUGAUCAAUGUGCUUCCGAUGCAGCAACUAAAGCUAUUUCAGGAUUAUGCUCUCUGAAAAUGAAUUGUGACAAUGUCAUUAGAGAAGGUGGAAUUGAUGGCCUCGUAACUUACCUUUCAGAUCCCAAUCCACGCUGCGUGUCAGGAGCUUUGGCCACACUUGAACUUCUCUUGGAGCUAGAGAGUGGCAAAAGGGCUAUGAUCAGUAACCCAGGAUCUGUUCAUGUCCUGGUGAAAUUGGUUUUUAGAGUAUCGGACCACGAAGGUAGUGAAAGCGCGGUUAGCUCACUUCUAGCCAUCUGUUACAACUCGUUGCAGAUUCGAGAAGAAGCGAUUAAUGCAGGAGUUAUACGACAGCUCCUUCUACUUCUUCAAAGCCAGUGCAGUGGCAGGGCCAAGACCCAGGCGAGGUUGUUGCUCAAGCUGCUUAGAUCCAUGUGGGCUGAAGACCCAAGCACUUGUAAUCUAUAGUACCACAUUAGUUGAUUUUCCUGGGUGUCUUGUUAUACUGCAGCAUAUCCCCCUCUUAAUAUUGCAAAAUAGCUUUUGUUUUUUAUGUUUUUGUAAUCAAUCACUCCAAGAUAACAUAUGGCAUUGAGGUGCAUGCAUAUGGCAUUGAGGGUUCAGUGUCAUGCUUUCAGCACCUUGUUAAUCCCAUUUCAUUUCACUUA